UUUCAUCAGCGCGCUCAAAGUGAACUUUAACCCUAUUGACUGGUUAAUUGUUUUUAUUUAGCAAGACUUUUUUUUCCUCGUACACAUUAGUAUGAAAUUUGGAAAGGGGUCUCUGAAGUUUAGCUGUCGCAGAACACUUGAUUAUUUACUCAAACGUAAAUAGUAAUGUAUCGGACGACAUUUGUCGUUGCUAAAGAUGCUUUUUCCCGAGGUAGCUAACGUUAGCUGUCUCUUGGCUAACGUAGCGUAUGUAGCUUUGGCAACAAACAUGACGAUGAUGAGGAGCUGCGUGUAGGAGCCACCGACCAGGCAUUGGAUCACACCGAUUUCCUGCAUGUCAAUCAUUGUUAUCCUGUCUUUGUGUCUGGCUUACCACUAAAGGCGUUUCAAGCCAAUUAAAGCUGUUUUUAUUUAUCAUUUUGAAGUGUACACCGCUGUUACUUUCUUCCGAUGGGGGAUGACAAGCCGGACACACUAGACUUUGUGAAGGAUUUUCAGGAGUAUCUAAGCCAGCAGACUCAACAUGUCAACAUGAUAUCUGGCUCCGUCAGCGGUGUAAAGGAGGUGGAUGAGCUGCCAGCAGACUGCAGCCAGAAUGGCCUGGAUCACCCCCCAGUGGACAUGUCAUUGGAGGACAGCUCAGGGAUCUUAGUGGAUGGGUUUGAGAGGACCUAUGAUGGCAAGCUCAAGUGUCGCUACUGCAACUAUGCUACCAGAGGCACAGCACGGCUCAUAGAGCACAUCCGAAUUCACACAGGAGAAAAACCUCACCGCUGCCACCUGUGUCCAUUUGCCUCAGCGUAUGAGCGCCACCUGGAGGCUCACAUGAGGUCACACACAGGUGAGAAGCCUUACAAAUGUGAGCUGUGCUCUUUCCGCUGUAGCGAUCGCAGCAACUUGUCGCACCAUCGACGUAGACGUCACAAACUCCUGCCGAUGAAAGGUGCUCGGUCCCUGGCUCAUAAAAAGAUGCUGAGUGUUUUACAGAAAAAAGCCAGCUCACUGGGCUACGGUCGACGGCUUCUUAUCAACUUCAGCCCCCCUUCAAUGGUGGUGCACAAGGCUGAUAACAUAAAUGACUUCUCACACGAGCUGCCACACUUGCGUCAGGAAAACUACGAUAAUCAGAGCAGAGCUGUUGAGGAUGGGCUCUCUGCAAAUCACCAUGACAUGGUUAUGGAUAAUCCACUGAACCAACUGUCCACCCUAGCAGGCCAGUUGGCCAGCCUCCCAUCCGAUUCUCAAGCCCAGACUCAAACUCCCAUGUCUCCUGGAGCGGAGUCUGUUGUUGACGAAAAGCCCUUCCUCAUCCAGCAGCCGCACCCCGCCACAGCUCCCGUGGCUGUCCCAGCCAGCAUGACCCACACUUCUUCCCCAAUCACCCCCGAGCCCCGGGCACCUCUACACAGUAACUGCAGUCCGGGAGGCGGACCGUGUAGUGAAAACAGCGGCCGCAUCAGCACUCCCAGUAUCUCCAACAGCCAGCCCAGCACACCGGUCCCAGGUCAGUCCGCCCCACUUCAGGACCCCCACAUCCUCCAUCACUGCCAACACUGUGACAUCUACUUCCCAGACAACAUCCUCUUCACCAUCCACAUGGGAUGCCACGGCUAUGAGAACCCAUUCCAGUGCAACAUCUGUGGCCACAAGUGCAAGAGCAAGUACGACUUUGCCUGUCACUUUGCACGUGGCCAGCAUAAGUAAAUGAAGACUGGAAGAACUUUUUAACCAACAGCUUUUGUUUUAUUGCAUAAUAACUUUAUUUAUUUGAUCUUUCACAUGGCCUUCAUGUAGCCUAGACUUUAAAAAUUAUUGCACAGAAAACAGUCAGAUGGUUAUUAUUUGUAUAACCAAAGGUGUCCAUUCCAGUGUGUUAUAAAAGGAACGAUCAGUGUUUUUUUUUUGACAGGUUGUGAAUUUAUUUAAGGGGCUGUCAUCAAAGGAAAACAAAACCAAAAAGUAUUUUUCCUCAAGUGAAGUUUAACCCACAAACAACAUAUUCUGUCCAACAUUGUCAUUGAUUAAACGGUACUAAACACUCGAUCACAUCAUGGAGAAUAUGUGAUGAUGUUUGUGCAACAUGGUGCUCACCAAAGUUACCAUGGCUUGUACUAAUUUGGCAAUAAACAAUGUCCCCUUUAGAAAAAUUACACGUUUUGUUUUUCAACGUUUGACAGCACAAAAGUAAACUCUCAACACUCCUGAAGGUAAAUCUGCUGUCAGCUUGGGUGGUCUUAAUUCAGCCAUGUUGAAUUAUUUCAGUUCUUGAUGCAUUAUGACAUUCGUUGCAGUGCCUGACAUGUCACUUUCCUGUGUGCCCAGGUUUGAGAAAGACUGUUAUUUUAAACAUUCAGAACAUUCUUUAUACACUAGAUUUCUAGAACCAUUAGGGUGUCUUUGUGUUAUCAUUGUAGCCAUCAUUUAUUUUUUAUUCCUUGGCCAAAUCUCUGCUUCAUAAAUGCUGCUAAGAAACGUCUGAGUCACUGCCAGCUCGUCUCUAAAGAUGACAUAAGCAGUUAAACCUAGCCAGACUGUGUCUCCAUGGCCAACAAUCUACUUCAUCCUGUUCCUUCAUACAGUGCACCACCAUUACAAGACUCUUAUCAUCGACCAUGUUUAAAGGCUUUUGUCUUUUUAACUGCCUCGUGUCCUCUUCAGAUCUUUCCAUAUUGUAUGAAGUCAUGUUAAUAUCCAGUGUUUAGGACAGAAUCGCCAAGUCUUGUGUCUUGUGUGAAGACUUUUAAUGAUUGCCACGUAGCACCAAGGUUGCCAUGUUUUCGUCUUUGUAACACCUCACUGAGAUUUUUGUAUGAUUAAAUGAAUCCCAGUGCUUUUUAUUUGCAGUAUUUACUGGUUAUUGUAAUCUGGCUGGUUUUUCUAGAUGUUCAGUGUCAAAAAGAUGUAAAACAGUGUUGCAGUAAGACUGCUAGAGAGGUUGUCUAUUGUCUCUGGGUGCCGUUUGGUGUAGAGAACAUAGUUACUGUCUUGGGAGCACCUUGUGUUCUUGCCAAACACAGGACCUUCAGUAAAGGCUGCCUUAUGUUUUCAGUGUGGUGUAGAUUCAUAAGGUGAAUGUUUAGGCCUUUUGGGGAUCUCAAUCUCUCUCAGCUGAGAUCGCAAAUCAUUUUAUUGUGAGAUUGAUUACUAAUUUAUAAGUAAAGUGUUUUCUAACCAA